AUGUUGUGGCUUCGUCCCCACCUGGCUCAACGUAGAGCCAUUUAUACAGCAUGGAAAUAUUUCUGGGGAGCCAGUGUUACUUCAUUUAUUGCCCAAUCGCAAGCUUUUUCUUCCAAUACAUCAGAUGAAGUAAGCAAGGCUCAGGCAGCAGCAAAGAAAUAUCAAAACCAACAGACUAUCUUCUCAAAGAUUCUUGACAAGUCAAUUCCAGCAGACAUUUUGUAUGAAGAUAGACAGUGCAUUGCCUUCAAAGAUGUACAGCCUCAGGCCCCUGUCCACUUUUUGGUGAUUCCUCGCAAACCUAUUUCAUGUUUGAGUGAUGCUGAUGAUGAAGAUCAAAUGCUGCUUGGUCAUUUGUUGUUGGUUGCAAAGAAAGUUGCUGCCCAGCUAAAUUUAGGGGAUGGCUUCCGUGUUGUGAUAAACAAUGGAAAGAAUGGUGCCCAGUCUGUAUAUCAUCUUCAUCUUCAUGUGUUGGGUGGCAGACAGAUGACAUGGCCACCAGGUUGA